AUGGGGUUUAUCCCUUACUUGCGAAUGCCGCCUCCAUAUAUCCUGGCGUGCAUGCUUUGCUCAGCCAAUGGACUCCUUUUCGGCAUGGAUACUGGUGUGAUCGGCCCAGUAACCGAUAUGAAAGAUUUCAAAUCUCAGUUUGGAGGUAGUCAAAAUGCGACAAUUCAUGGUCUUAUCGUCUCGUCCAUUCUAAUUCCUGCGGCUCUGUCUUCAUUUUUCGCCGGGUAUCUUGCCGAUAAACUUGGUCGCCCCAAAGGCAUCAGUAUUGGCGUUUUCAUUUUUGGCGUCGGAGCAGCCAUCGAAGCUGCGGCCACGUCGUUGGGCAUGUUCAUAGGUGGCCGUGUGAUUGAGGGACUGGGAGAAGGACUUUUCCUUGGUAACUUGGUUGUUUACAUCUGUGAGAUUUCGCCUACUAGCACUAGAGGGCCUUUGACGACAGGUCCCCAGCUGCUUAUUACUUUGGGCCUUGUUACGGGAUACUUCACUUGUUACGGAACAUCAAAUAUCGCAUCAUCGCUCUCGUGGAGAACCCCGUGGAUCAUCCUUGCAUCUCUAUCUAUGAUUCUAUCGGCUUGUUCCCUUAUGUUUCUCCCGCCAUCUCCUCGAUGGCUAACUCUUCAUGGUCACCAGGAAGAGGCAGAUGCGGUGUGGAAUAUGCUUGGUGUUUCUCAUGCGGAGCGUGAGAAAGUUGAACUUCAAGUUGCAGUGGAAGAAGUUCCGGCUGAAAACGAUCAAACAGACAACAAGGAAACUCAUCAAUUAUUCGAGAUUUUUCAGAAAGAUGUCCGGGGUCGCACUGCCCUUGCAGUCUUCCUAAUGGGCGUUCAGCAGCUCAGCGGCAUUGAUGGUGUCUUAUAUUACGCCCCUCUUCUCUUCCAGCAGGCUGGCCUUGAAUCCUCCGAAGCUAGUUUUCUCGCGUCUGGUGUCUCGGCACUGGUCAUCUUCGCCGUCACUAUCCCUGGUUUGAUCUACUGUGACAAAUGGGGAAGGCGACACAGUAUCAUCUAUGGUGGCUUUGGGCUUGCUCUCGUUAUGUUUCUUAUUGGCGGUCUGUACGCUGGGAAUGCUGUUCAUGCUACCUUUGGUGCAGGACGCUGGGUUGUUAUCGUUUGCAUCUACAUUUUCGCAGUCAUAUAUUCCUUGACUUGGGCAGUUUCGGUCAAGGUCUACAGUGCUGAGAUACAGCCUCAGCGAACCCGUGCCUCCGCUACAACACUAGCUCAUUCAAGCAACUGGAUAUUCAACUUCUUGGUUGCUUUGGUCACUCCUGUCCUAUUAUCCAAAAGCAACUGUGGUGCCUACUUCAUGUUUGGAGGAUGUUCCGUCAUUGGCGCAGCUGUCGCUGCCAUAUUUAUGAUUGAAACCAAGGGUCGAUCUUUCAAUGAGAUCGAGGAGGAUUUCAAACACCGAGCACCAGGCAAGAAUGGUAUAUUCAGUGCUCUCCAACGAAAAAGCGAGAAGCAGGAUCUGUGA